GUUGUGUUUAUUAGUGUGUAGAAUUCUAAUACGAGUUUCAGUUUAUUGCGAACACUUGCCAAACGAUGGCAGCCACUCAGCUAAUCAGUCACGACGAGUCUUUGCACAUUCUACGACGACAAAAUGGCAAGGAACUACCCAUUGUUGAGAUACAAUUACAGCAACUCAAGCAGAACGCGGGCUUCCUGGGAGAGUAUUAUGUGCUGCGCAUAGUAAGCGCCACAGGAUCGCCAGCUACCACGAAAGUUCAUCAGUUUUUUGUCAAGACGCUGCCGCAAAAGAAUCUUGAAUUUCGCAAAGAAUUGGAGCUCUAUGGUGUUCUUAAAAAAGAAAGUGCUAUCUAUAAGAAAAUACUGCCCAAGCUGCGUGAAUAUGCUAAGCGCCAAUUUAGCUGCGAUUGUUUUCUGGCCCGUGAUGAUCUGCUUGUGUUGGAGGAUCUUACGCUCAGCUCUAAGCAACUACAACAACAGGAGAUCAUUACUAUUCAGCACUAUCGCGUUAUUUUGCAACAGCUGGCCACACUGCAUGCGGCAAGCAUUGCUUGGGAGCGAGCGGAACAAACUUGCCUUGUAGAACAGUUUCCCAAUGAACUCGACGAGUUUCUGCUAAGCAGCGAAAACAAAUGGUACUUGACCGGACUUAAGGCCAUUGUCUACCUCGCUCUUCAGCAUAAAUCCUUCCAGGACAUCACUUCGCAGAACUUUAUUAAGAACAAUGUUUAUCAGCUGCUGCUGCAAGCUGCUGAUCAACUAACCAAACCUUCGAAAAAGCUGCGCAAUGUGUUCUCUCAUCGCGAUCUCUCGAGGAGCAACAUUUUCCUCAACUCCCAUCAGGGGUGUCUCUUUAUAGACUUUGGUCUAUGUAGCUACAGCACACCGGCAAUCGAUAUACACUUUAUGCUGUACAUUAACUCAAGCAUUGAGGAACGUCGCUUAAUGUACGAUGAAAUAAUGGAAUAUUAUUUUGAUGAACUACAAGCUAGGUUCAAAUUGAUGGACAUUCCCUCGGAAGAGGUAACCAGGGAGGACUUUGAGCUGGACUGCAGACGUGGCCAUUUGGUGGGUCUUAUUGUGAGUGCACUUUGUCUGCCGGUGUUCAAAAUUCCUGCAGGACUUUGCACGAAAUUGAAAUUCGAGAAUAGCUCAAAGUUUGAUUAUUGGAUGAAUGUGGAUCGCAGUGAACUUCUGGAGCUGGCCAUGGCUCAGGAUGCGGGCUACAAGACCGAAGUAAUGUCCAUCAUAGCAGAACUUGUAGUGUAUCUAAUGCAGAAUGCAAAAUUGAUUAAAGACUUAAUAGUUUAAUAAUAAAGACAGUUGCAUAAUUCUGAAUAAUUCGAU